AUGACUGCAGAGAAUGUGUUUACCGGGCAGUCCAAGAUCUACACCUACAUGAGCCCGAACAAAUGCUCUGGAAUACGUUCCCCUCUUCAGGAAGAGAACUCGGUUGUACAUCACGAAGUCAAAUGCCAGGGGAAGCCAUUAGCCGGGAUCUACAGGAAACGGGAAGAGAAAAGAAACACUGGGAACGCAAUACGAGGCAGCAUGAAGGCCGAGGAACUAAAGAUCAAAGACGCCAGGAGGGGCCCCCUGGCACCUUUUCCAAACCAAAAACCCGAAGCAGCAGAACCUCCAAAAACUCCGACCUCGUCUUGUGACUCCCCCGGUGCAGCCAUCGCCAAGCCGGCCCUGAAGAAGGCAGUCAAGGGCAAGCAGGCGCCUCGGAAAAAAGCUCAAGGAAAAACGCAACAGAAUCGCAAACUCACGGAUUUCUACCCUGUGCGGAGGAGCUCGAGGAAGAGCAAGGCUGAGCUGCAGUCUGAAGAAAGGAGGAGGCUGGACGAGCUGAUCGAGAGUGGGAAGGAAGAAGGAAUGAAGAUCGACCUCAUCGAUGGCAAAGGCAGGGGCGUGAUCGCCACCAAGCAGUUCUCCCGGGGCGAGUUUGUGGUGGAGUACCAUGGGGACCUCAUCGAGAUCACCGACGCAAGGAAGCGGGAGGCUCUGUACGCACAAGAUCCCUCCACCGGCUGCUACAUGUACUAUUUCCAGUAUCUUAGUAAAACCUACUGCGUGGAUGCCACCAGAGAGACGAAUCGCUUGGGAAGACUGAUCAAUCACAGCAAAUGUGGGAACUGCCAGACCAAACUGCACGACAUCGACGGCGUGCCUCACCUCAUUCUCAUCGCCUCCCGCGACAUCGAGGCCGGGGAGGAGCUCCUGUACGACUAUGGGGACCGCAGCCGGGCUUCCAUCGAAGCCUACCCCUGGCUGAAGCAUUAACCGCCGCCCCGCCCCCUCUUCAAUGGACAAAAAGUGCCCUCAAAGGGAAUUGAUUUUUUUUUUUACACACUUAAUCUUAGCAGAUUACUUCAGAUGUUUUUUAAAAAGUAUAUUAAGAUGCCUUUUCACUGUAGUAUUUAAAUAUCUGUUACAGGUUUCCAAGGUGGACUUGAACAGAUGGCCUUAUAUUACCAAAACUUUUAUAUUCUAGUUGUUUUUGUACCUUUUUUGCAUACAAGUCGAACGUUUGUGCUUCCCGCCGCGCAUGCAGGCUUCAGAGGAGAGAGUCGGACACGAACUGGGAAGCUGGGGGGCACUCCGGCCUCUGGCUGCAGAGCCAGGACUAUUCCCCACACUCCUUCAUCCCUCCGAGCUCAGGCGGCCGCGAGGACACCGCCUCCCGCCGGCCUCCUGGAUGCCGCCUCCCGCCGGCCUGGACGGGAUGCUCCCAAGCUCUUGUUUUCCUGACGUCUCAACAGGCGCACACGGAAGUGUAUGAAUAUUUUUUAAAAGGGUUUCGCAGUCAGUCAGUCUUCCCCUCUGCUUUCUCGAAAGCUUGCUGACCUGGCGGCCCGGGCCUAGGUUUACUCUUCCACGGGCUGCCGCUUUUCUGGGCACCUCGAAGCCUCAGGGCGGGUCAUCAGAGUAGACGCGGGCAGGGAGAAGCAUCGCUUAGUGAGCCCCGCCAGGCCAGGGCUUCCCAAAACCGGGGUGAUUCUUUAUAGAAAUGUGAACACUGAAUUUAUUUUAAAAAAAUAAUAAAAAUCAAAAAAACAAAAAAGACAAAAAAAAAAAGAAAAAAAACCACAGAAAACAACUUACAUGUAUAUAGGUCUUAAAGUGAGUGGAGUGGCUGCGGUUUUUUUGUUUGUUUUUUCUUUUACUUUGGGUUUGGCUUUUUCUGUUUGUUUGGUUUUAUAGAAGAGGUUUGAGAUGGUACUCUAUUCUAAUCAAAAAUAAAGUUUUGUAGUGGGACCAGAAAUUACUUAUCCAAUCCCCACCCCCACCCCGACCCCACUUUGCUGGGUUGAAAGGUCCAGAUCUGCUGUCAGGCUGUCGUCCGACCACCCUGGGCCCUGUCAUGUGGGCCCCACCCCAGGGAAGCAGGCAGGUGCCGCACCCAGGGCUCAAGGCUGAGGGGACAGUUCGCCUCGACGGCCUGGCGGCCGGAGCAGUGAGCGGGUAGCUUCCUCCCUCCGGAAGAGGGACCCAUGCUCACUGGCCGCCUGCAGUCCAGGGGCCCCCCGCCCUGGCUCUGGAGCCACGGCCCGGGGCCUCCUGCCCCCUACUUGGUCCUAGGUAAAUGUGAACGGAGACAGGUGUGAGCGCCUGUCCUCAACCUUGGUGCCCCAGCUCCCCCCGCCCCCGUCCCCCUCACGACGGUGCUACCUAGGAAAGUUCCCGCCACCCCACACUUGCCUGGUCAGCCGGUGGCAGGAGGAUCCGACGGAGCGUGUCAAUGUGAAAUACGAUGUCUCGGUUGUACCUGUUUGUGGUUUAGCUUUGUAUUUAAAUUAAAAAAAAAAAAAGGAAA